CGAUAAUAAUGCCGAUUGCCAGUGCAAUGUUAUCCAGUGGCAACGCCAAAGUGGCAGCACGUAAACAAAGUGUUUUAACAUCAAAUCCAAAUCGCGUAGUUGAUAAUUGUGUAUUUUAUGAAUUAAACAAGCAAUAUAGAAUGGUUGAGGAAAAGUCCAUAAAUCUACUAUGGAACUGCGCCAAAGAGUUGACAACGGCGACACACGCCGAGCGAUUGCUCAAAUCCUACUACACAAAUACCUGUCGCAAGUUGGCCAAGCACAGCAUCCAGUUGCCCGCUGACUGCGUGGGCGCAGCAAGGAUGUGCAAGCGUUGUGGCAACCAGUGGGCCGAUGGCAAUUAUGAGCUGCAGUUGCAACCACAACGCUUGGCAAACAAUGCAAAAAGAAGGCGGUUAAUCGCUCGCCUGGAUGUGGAAAAGGAAAAGGCCAAAGCGAAGCAGGGCAAGUUGAGCAUUGGGGCGAGGAAGCGCGCCAAAUGGCUGAAGAAACGCAUGGCCAGUAAUAUUGCUGUUGACUGCUCGCUCUGUGGACACAACACUAUGUUGCCGCUUGAAAAGCCUAAAAAACGCUCGAAAGCUGCCGAAACAAUUGCACCGCCAACAGCAACAACAAAAACAACUGAAGUGGCGAGCAAAAAGAAAAAGAAGAAAAAGAAAAAUCAAGAUGUCAAUGCUGGGCUGAAGCUUCCCCCGCCCCAAACACAAUCACAACAGCAGCAGCAACAACUACAAAAGACGCCGACAGCGCAGAAAGCGGCGCCCACAAUAACAAAAACUACAACUACACCCAAGGCAGCAGGGCAAAACAGCAAACAAAAGAAGAAAACGAAAACAACGCCCGCAGUCAGCAGCGCAGCACCGAAAGUGCAAUCGAAAACACAAAAACAAAAUGCAUUGCUACAAUUGGCAGCGCAUCUAAAAUCACACGCGUUUAAAACCGCCAGCAAAACGCCUCAAGAUCGCUUGCAAGCGUUGCUCAAGUAACGACGUUUGCAAAUGGAUUUAAAGUACAAAAGUUUGUUGUUUUUUAGUUCGAAUUAAGAAAAGACUUGUUAUUGCAUAUAAUUAAAAGUUAGCAUAAAAGCACAGACAACAACAACAUGAAUCAGCAGACAUUGUUGCAACAAGCAGCAACUCGUGGAGCGAGUGAAUCACAGCAACUGUUUGCCACUUCUCUGAUAACCUGUUAUCCCAACAGCAGCAACUGCCACAUAAAGUCACGCAAUAAGUCGAGACAAGUCGAGUUAUCAGUGCCCAGCAUUAUUGGCCAGUCAAGGUUGCGAGCCAAGUUUCCCAGAGAAUUCUUAAUUUAUUUCGCAGCAAACAUUUCAUUAAAAUUGAGUUGUUGUGCAGCAAAGAUGCCAGCACGUCUUUCCUGCCAAAAAAGGCAACAUCUUAAACUACAACAACAGCUUCAACUUCAGCUUAUCUGCCGCCAAAAACAACAAUGAACAAGAAGAGUGAGUGUGGAGCGGGAGCAGGGAGCGGGGGCAAUCCUGUAGAUUGGCUUUUAAACAAGGAUCGAAUUUCUAAGUUGCCCCGGCAUCGGCAACAACAUCUGCCACAGUUGCUGCUCUUCUUCGCUUUACUUGCUGCGCACAUUAGAAGAAGAUUUCUGGUUUUUAUUUCUGUUUUGGUUUUAAUUUUUUUCUCUUCUUUUUCGGGUUGGCGAGCCUGUUUUCAUUUUUUGGCCAUGUUGGGGAACGAUGCUUCAAAUUGUGCUGUGUGGCAAAAUGGAGCAUGCAGUCGAAAUUAACAUUUUCAUAUUUUCGGCUUUAUGCAAUGCAUGAAUAAUAACAACAACAAACGAUAUUACUUAGUCGUUUCGUUGUUGUUGUUCCGCUUUGCGUUCUACAAAGCAAAAGAACAACAACAACAAGCAAAACGAUUCGUAUUGCUGCCUGGGCGCCUCGUCGUGCGUGUUCGUCUUCGGCCUCGGCUUCGGCUCCCCCACGAACAGCAGCAGACAACAACGGCGGCAGCGACAGUUCUAGUAUCUGGCCUCUGGCUGAGCUGCAACCAGCAGUCAACAGUCAGUUGCGUUCGUGUGUUUCACGGUCGCGCACACACAAGUCGCGCUUAAAAGCUCUUGGUGAGAGCGCGUUCGCGCUCGCUUGCACCCCCCACACACCGUUCGGUUAGCCCGUUCACACACAUACAACUAAAGUGCGGCUUCUCGGAUUCGCAAUGAAAAGCGCGUCUGUGUUCGCAUUGGUUCUUCGGAGAGCGUAGAAAAGCUGUUGUUAAGCUUAAGCAGAAAAGGUGUCAACGUCAACGCAAACAAGCGCAAAGUGCUGUGCUCCCGGUUAACGCUGAUCCGAGGCGAGUGCAUGUGAUUUUUAAUAGAAUGUGCUAUUUAAUUUUGACAGUAAACUGUUAAUUGUUAACAAAAAUCUCAGUGUGCAUAUGUCUCUCUGGUUGUUGUUGUUGCACAACAAAAGGCCAACAACAACAAAAACAGCAUAAUAAUAACAAGAGCAAAUCGUAAAUCAAACAUCAACAAUAACAACAACAACAA